AUGGAGUCAACUUACCAAAGCCUCGUUCAGCGUAUCCUCACUAAAUGGGAUGACAAGAAACGCUCCUCGUCUGACACACCGGACGCACAUCCCCGUCUUAUCAUCGCGCUAGCGGGGCCCCCUGGCUCCGGCAAGACGACCAUCGCCCAGCGAGUUGUAUCCGCCAUCAACACCUCCUCUGCCCCGCACCCCAAAACCAUCGUCGUAUCUGCCGACGGAUUUCACUUACCCCUGGCCAUCCUUCGUGCGCUUCCCAACGCGGCGGAGGCUAUAGCCCGGCGCGGCGCACCCUGGACCUUUGACGGCAAGGCGGCUGUCGACCUAAUCCUCCAGCUGCGGGCGUCUGCGGGGCAGAGACCUGUUGUGGCCCCGACGUUCGACCACAAAGUCAAGGAUCCUGUCAUGGAUGGUUUCAUUGUCGAGGCGGACGUCGAGGUUUGUAUUAUCGAAGGACUCUACUUGCUUAUAGACGAGGAUCCUUGGGGUCAGAUUGCUUCAGUAGUGGAUGAUCGAUGGCUUGUCACAGUCGAGCCAGCAUUAGCUCGGACAAGGGUUGCGAAAAGACACAUCGCAGCUGGAAUUGAGGACAAUAUGGAAGACGCUUUGUACAGGACGGAGAGCAAUGACAUGGUGAAUGGGGCUUUCAUUGCUGAGCAUAGCGAGGGCAGAAAGUCCAUUCGGGCUCCCAACCCGCCUGUUCAGGAUAGCGUCUUCAAGCAAUUCCGUCUUGAUGGACGCACUGUCAUAAUCACAGGUGGAGCAGGCGGCAUAGGGUCAGAGAUCGCCAGGGGUCUUGCCGAAGCUGGUGCCAAUAUCGCUAUCUGGUACCAUACGUCUUCUAAAGCGGCUGCUGCAAUCACUGAGGGCAUUACCAAAGACUUCGGCGUGAAGUCGAAGGCUUACCAGGUUGAUGUUCGUGAUUACAAAGACGUCGAAGCCGCUGUUGCCGAGGCGGUUAAGGACUUUAGCCGUCUGGAUGUAAUGAUCGCCAACGCCGGCGUGCCUUCUAAGGCGGGUGGUCUGGACGACAAGGUUGAAGACUGGGAUCGUGUCCGUGCGGUUGACUUUGACGGCGCGUACUACUGCAUGAGGGCUGCUGGUCUUGUCUUCCGGGAACAAAAGAAUGGUGUCGGCAUUAUCACAGCGUCAAUGAGUGGGCACGCAGCGAAUGUGCCACAGGAGCAAAGUUGCUACAACGCCUGCAAGGCUGGUACCAUACAUCUGGCCAAGUCUCUGGCCGUUGAGUGGGCUAAGUGGGGAGGACGCAUCAACUCUGUCUCCCCCGGGUACAUCGACACGGCCAUCUCGGGUGACUGCCCAUUCGAGAUGAAGGAGGAGUGGUUCAGCUUGACGCCACUGCGCAGGGAUGCUGAUCCGAGGGAGUUAAAGGGAAUAUACCUCUACUUGGCUAGCGAUGCCAGUUCCUAUACAACAGGAGCCGAUUUUGUUAUUGACGGUGGUUACACUGCGCGAUAG